AUGUCAGGAAAAUAUUUAUUGAUAAUGAACCUUAAUUUAAGGUGUAAUUUUGAAUAUAAGCAGACAAAUUAUCCUAUGUUACUUAUUAAAACUGUGUCUAAUUGUGGAGAUGUUUCACCUACCACAUUGUCACCAGAAGUAUCACCAAGUAAUUCUUGUGAUGAAGGAGAGGGUGCAACUAAUAUCGCAGGUCGUCUGCGUAGAAGAAGAAGUUCGGUGGACCUCAAUAUGAAUAUUUAUCCAGGAGAUUUAUUAGUUCAGGAACAUCAUAAAAAGUUAAUUAAAAGAAAUACUAUUGCUGAUUUCUAUGCAGCUAGAAAUGGAACUGGUUCUAGUCCAGAAGAUCCUUCAAAGAAAGGAAGGCAGCCAUUUUCCUUGUUAAAAUUGAUGAAAGCAAGAAGUAAAGAAUCAUUAUCACAAUUAGAAGAAAUUUUGGCGAAACUGAAACCUUCACAGUUUAAAGAUAACCAUUUAGCUGUAUAUAAGAAUUUACAUUGGUCUGAUUUAAUAGCAAGUUCUGAUAAACAACAUCAACCUAUACAGAUAUCUGAUACAGAAAGAAAACGUCGAGAGGCUGUCUGGGAAUUGUUUAAAAGUGAAUGUGUCUUUUUAAUAGAUCAUCUUAUGGUGCUAAAACAUAGUUUUCUUGAGCCACUGAAGAAGGUUCAAGUUGAAGGGUUUUUGAUGUAUGCUGAACCACAAGAUAUAUUUGGUAAUUUAGAUGAAUUAUGUUAUGUUAGUUAUACUUUUUGUAAAGACUUCCUAUCAGCAUUAUUAAAAGAUAUGAGUUCAACAGAAUUUUGUAGAACAAGAGUUUUAAUCAAAGCAUUUCAAAGAUUUUCCACUCAUUCUAAAGAUGGAGCUGUUUACCAUACCUAUUGUCUCAACUAUACCAAUGCUUUAUCUUAUUUAGAAAAACUCAGUGUCUACCCUGAAUUUGCAGAGUUUGCUAAGUGGUGUGAACUAGAUACAAGAUGUAAUAGAUUACAACUAACUGAUUUAUUAGUAGCACCAAUGCAACAUUGUACUAAAUUACCAUUACUAUUAAAUAAUAUACGGAAAUAUACUGCUGAUGAAACAGAUAGACAACAACUGUCAGAGUCUAUUAAUAAAGUUGAAAUGAGUUUGAAAAAUUUAGAAGAGAAAAUGAAAUUUGUGAAGAAUUUUGAAAGAGUACAAGAAAUACAAAGACAGAUAAGUUGGCCACAAGUUGGUGAACUAGACCCUAGAUCAUAUAUUCCUGAGUGUUUAAAAGGUACCAUUAGUCGACAACCCUGUGAAAAACUACUGUCUUGUCCUAAGAGACAAUUAAUUUACGAAGGUCAACUUACAUUAAUAGAACCUACAAAAUCAGUUGAUGUACAUAUGUUUUUAUUCCAUGAUAUUUUAUUAUUAACAAAGCCAAAGAAAGGUGCAAGAAAGAAAGUGACAACAUUAGAACCAGGAGCUAAGUCACCUAAUCUAGGUUCUAGUUCCACAGAUAAAACAAUAUAUACUGUAUAUCGUCAACCUAUAGCAUUAGAUAGAUUUACAUUACAUGAUAUCUCUACAGUUGAUGCUGCAGCAAGUGGUUUAAAACAUGCGUUUGUACUGGUACAGAUUAGUAGAUUUCAGCAAAUAAUAGGUGUAUAUACAUUACAAUCUUCUUGUGAUUUAAAUAAGGCAACAUGGGUUUCAAAUAUUAACGAAGCUAAGGAUAAGUUUUGUGCAACAUCAACUAGUCGUCAAAGUUCAUUCAAAGAAAACAGAAAUCCUAAAACUGAGGAAAAAGAAGUGAACAUAGUGCGCUCACCUAGAAGGGUAAAACGAAACAGUGUGAUGAGAAGGAUUCAUGGGAAGUCACGUUCUAUGGAUGCUGUAUUUCUAUGA